AUGGCAACUAAAGCAAAAGAUCAUAGCAAUAGUAGUACUAGUACUACUGCCUUGGCCAAGAAGGAAAGGGUUGCCACAACAAUACCUUCAAAUUCCCAAGCCAAAACCACAUCCACAAAAUCCUCCACAACACAAGGCUCCUCUUCUACUCACAAACCAUCUUCAUCUUCCACAGAAAAACAAGUCCCUAACUAUCUGAAGCCCACCAUAAGCUCCCGCCAAGACUCCGCCACCCCCAAGCCAUCACUAAACCGAAGAAGAUCCUUCGACAACAAGCCACCAUCGCCAGCUUCUCGACCCCAGAAGGUUGUGCCCGAGAGAAGUACGGUGCCUGUAAGGUCAUCGUCCUUCUCCUCCAAGACCGCUUCGAAAACUGCUCCAAGGCCUACAACAAAACCGCAGACAUUGUACGCGAAGAGUGUGAAGAAGGGCGCUGAGAUUUUCGUUAGGAAGGAAGGCCCUAGUGGAAGAGGGGCUGAUCCGAAGAGUAGUACUAAAGAUAACAAUGAAGUGGCCAAAGAUGAGGAAUUGGCUAAAGAAUCCUUGGUUCAUGAAGUUGUUGAUAGUAAUAAUGUGGUGGUAGAUGGCGAUGAUCAUCAGACUGAGCUGGUUAAAGUUGCACCAGAAGAUGAACCGAAAUCCGAAGAAAAUCAUGAAAAUGAGAGUAUUGAUGAUCAUGGUCAUGAUCAUCAGGAUGAGACUAAGGCUAAGCCUUGUGAUAUCACCAUAGUUUCAGAAGAACUAGUAACAUCUGAUGAUGAUAAUGAAGAUACUGAUCAUAAAAAGCUAGAAAGUACUGAAGAAGAAGAAGGAGAAGAAGAGAAGCCUGGAGAUGAGAGUGAAGUAGGAGAACAAGAGAAUCAUAACAAAGAUGAAACCAGUAAUUGUACUACUAGUGAAACUAGUCACCAAAUUACUAAAGAGAGUAUCGAAAAUGAGGAGACGAAAGUCGAGGAACUGAUCAAAGAAGAGGCUGAAGAGGUUGUGAAAGAAGAAACUCAGGAGCUAGAAAACAAGAAUAUUGACAAUGUAGGUAGUGGUGACAAGGAAGGGAAAGAGGACGGGGUUAAGUCAAAGGAAAUAGGAGAAAUUAGUGAUGAGAAUGUGGAGGAUUUAGGAAAUACUUCAGAGACAAAAUCAGAAGGAAUUGUGAAGAAAUCAGCACAAGGUGGUGGGAAGAAGGAAUCUCAAGUGGCAUAUAAUGAUGUGAUUGAAGAGACUGCUAGUAAGCUCUUGGAGAAGAGGAAGAACAAGGUUAAGGCUUUGGUUGGUGCCUUUGAGACUGUCAUUGAUUAUGAAUCUGCAGCCAAGUGA